UCUUGAUUCGUCAGAACUUUGUUUAAAAUCAUCUUUAGAAGUUUGAUUGUUCGUUUCAUUCUGUAUUUCUUCUGUUACUAUUACGUUUUCUUGUGUUUGCUUUUCCUGAUUUUCUGAAAUUUGUUGUUGAAACACCAAAGAAACAUCAUUAACUUCAUUAUCAGUUUUUUCAAUGGAAUCGGUUGUAGCUAUAGAUUCAGUAACAGUAGUUUCUUGAGUUGUUUUCCGUCUUGUUGGAACAGUAACUGUAGCUUUUAUUCGUGCUCGCUUCAUUUUGUCAAUGUAAAAAGUGAAGAAUACCUGUACAGAUUUAAAAUACAUUCAUGAGGAAGAAAUACUUUCUAUCCUUAACCUACACGAAUUAUUUAUUGAUGAUUAUUUACCUGUCAACAGUUUACAAUGCGUAUUUAUAAAAAAAUAAGCAAUGUAACAUGUAUCUAUCUGUUAAUGUGACAUUUUAUGUUUAUUCAUUUUUCUCGCCGCUCAAAAUAAGAAAAUGGUUUGACUAUUAUUAUUAUCGUUAACAUUUUAAUAGUUUUAUAUAAUUCUAUUUUAUUUUGACAAAUUGUUUACAACAUUACCAUAAUUUAGGAACAUUUAUAACAUAUAUAAAACAAUAAUAACGAUAUCAUAUCUUAUAUGUAAAUGGAAACAGAUUUCCAACUUGCUCACGUUAGGUCAAUAUGUUUCAAUGUUUGCACAUGAUUUUGUGCCCUCUAUGAUCGUACUGAUUUCUAACCCUCUACAUCCCUAUAAGGUUAUUGAAUGAUGCGAUAAUAUGAUUUCAGUAUAGCUCAUGUUACCGAAAGUAAUUCACUAUAAAUGUAUUUAAAUGAAAAUUGUUAAUAAAAAAACAUUUUUUAAAGUAUUUUAAUUUUUCUUUUAAUGUUAUUCCAUCGUAGAUAUGACAACGAUAUUGAUUUAUCUUACACUGAUACCAUAAAGUUGUAAAUUCUUUUAAAGUAUACUUAUGAAAAUGUGGCAAGAUAAUGAAGUUCGAUUUGAUAUUUCUUAUAAGUAAUGUUUUUCACGUUUUUAAUAUACCGAUUCUCAUGCAAUUACGAUUGGGAGAGUUUACUGCUGAUAAACUUGAUUUAAUUGAAGAUACAAAAGGAAAUGCAGGCGAUAGUGGAAGACUCAUAAUAACAAACCUUAGAGUAAUCUGGCAUUCGUUGCUUCUUCCCAGAAUCAAUUUAAGUAUUGGGUACAAUACAUUUAUUACAGUGAAUUCUAAAACUAUUCACACUUUACAAGGAAGACAUACGCAAGCACUAUACAUUUUAGCUUCUUUUCGAAAUUGUAGAUACGAAUUUAUAUUUACAAAUCAAGGUUCAAAAAGUACAAGACACUAUACAUCAGUUAUUGGUAUAUAUAGAGCUUACACUUCAUCCAAGAUUUAUCGAGAAAUUAAAUUAAGAAGUGGUAUAAUGAAUGAAAAUCAACUGACUUUAUUGCCACAGGAAACAGUUCAUUCUACUUUACAGGAUAUUUGGAAUCUGUCACUAGAACAGGGAAAUAUUGGAACUUUUAUUGUAACAAAUAUACGUUUAGUGUGGUUUGCUGAUAUGAAUUAUCAGUUCAAUAUAUCAAUUCCAUAUUUUACAAUAGCAAAUAUUACUAUUAAAAAUUCAAAAUUUGGUCCAACUUUAGUUAUUGUAAGUACAGAAUCUAGUGGAGCUUAUAUAUUAGGUUUCAGAGUUAGUCCUCCCGAGAAGCUUUACAUUUUAUAUAAAGAAGUUUCAACAUUGUUUAAAACAUUUGAAAAAUGUCCAAUUUUUGGCAUAGAUUAUACAUUUGAACACGAGGCACCUUUACAACGAGAAAUAAAUAUAGAACAGUAUUCUGAAAAAGAAGACAACCAGAUCGAAAAUUUAAAUGUUUUUGGUUAUUAUUUUUCUGAAGGAAUAAGUCAAAAAAAGCCUAAUAUUACAGAUUAUUUAGGUCUUGCUGCAGAGAAACCUAAAGAAACUAGUACAUUGCAGAAUAUAUGGGAACUUAUACCUCAGAAUUAGAUGUAUUAUAUACUAUAUAAAAAAUUAGAAGAAUUAUUAAGUUAUAAGGCACUUUGAGGGAAAAUACAGAGAACAAUAAAACGUUCGUAUGUAAUUGUUUUUAAUAUUUCAAUAAAUUAAUAGAAGAAUUGCACAAAUGUUAAGUAUUUUGAAAAAAGAAUAAUGUAAUUGUACCAUUUUUGUAGAAAAUGUUUCAUAUUCUUAACAGCAUUUCAAAUAUAGUUUAACAUUUUAUUUACUGAAAAGUCAACAGCUACAAAGAAUUAAUAAAAAAAUAGAUAAUUAGAAUUAAAGUAUUAAUAUUCUACAAUAUAGCGUUGAAUAAGUCUUCAAAUAUAUAGUUGCAAUUUUUAAAAAAUUUAACUCGGUCUACAAUUCAAAGGUUGUGUAAUUGACUGAUCCUGUUGUUCAUCGCCAUCUUCACUGUAUUCAGCCUGCUGAAUAGGAAAUCCAUAUCCCAUAUUCAUAAGCGUUACCACAAAUGGAUCGGUGUUCAUACGUAUCUGAUUUGCAUUUGCGGCAUCCUCUAGAUUCUGAAUUUUUCUGUCAUUAAUACUACCAUCCU